UGGUCUUUCGUCGUUUCUGACAUGGCGUCGUCAUUGUGAAAGUUAGAAAGCGACAUUAUCUUAUGACAUUUGAAUUUUGAAAAUAUUUAAUCGAAUAACAGAUAUCAGAGUAUUUGAUCAGCUUAAACUUAAGUAAUAUUUUUUGCAGCCAUUUAUAAACUUAUUGUUACCGUUUGUUUUGAGGGUUAACAUGAAUGGAAAAGAAAGCCAAGGUAUUUGAGUCUUGAAUUGUAUGUUAAUGUGUGCAUCAUGAAGAUCGACAGGAGUAAAUUAAAGAAGAGCUCUUCUGAAGUGCCUGCUGACUGUCGGAUACUCAUAGAAAAGUUAAAAGCCUGUAAUGAUGAUGAACUGGUUUGUGAACUUAAAAAAAUCAAAACUUGGAACUGUGGAAAGUGUGAACUUUACCACUGGACAGAUGUCCUUGACAAAUUUGAUACUAUUUUGGAGGCAGCAUGCCAAAAGAUAAAAGAGGGUCAGUGGUGUUUACCAUGUGAUAUACCUGGACAAGAAAAGAAUAAAGAACUCCUGCUGCAGAUCCUGCAGUUUACUGCUUUGCUUAUUGAGCAUAGCUUCUCACGACAUUUAUACAACUCUGUAGAGCACUUGACUACUUUGUUGUCAUCCAGUGACAUGCAGGUUGUCCUGGGUGUAUUGAAUCUUCUCUAUGUAUUUAGUAAACGGUCAAAUUUUAUCACAAGAUUAAAUGCUGAAAGGCGGCAGGCACUACUCAUCAGACUCACAUAUCUUGCAGAGAACUGGGGAGGUAAAGAAAAUGGUUUUGGUUUAGCUGAGUGCUGUCAGGAUUUACCUCUUUCGAGUUAUCCAGCUAGUGCCACAACUCUUCAUUUUGAGUUUUAUACUGAAGUGUCAGAAGAUAGAAUAGGGAAGAAACAUCAGCCUAAUAAUGUUUGUUUUAUUCAUAUUGAUCGUGUGGAUCAGAUACUUGGAAAAAACCCAUCUCAGAUUAUGGAAGACUUAAUAAACACACACUCUGUACCACAGAAUAAACAGAUGCUUCUUUUUACACACGUUCGGCUUGCACAUAGUUUUUCAGACUAUACCAAAAGGUUACAGUGUGUUCAAGCAAGAUUACAAGCUUUGUCAAUAUUAGUGUAUUGUAAUGCCAUCCAGGAUAACGUAACAUCUUUACUCUAUAAUGGACUCAUUGAAGAACUUGUAGAUGUCCUAGAGCUCAAGACCCAGAGUCUAAUAGAAAUCAAAGCAGCAUCUUUGAGGACAUUGACUUCAAUUAUUCAUUUGGACAGAACCCCAAAGUUAAAUUCAAUCAUUGAUGCAACAGGAGCUUCAUCAUACCAUGGAUUUCUUCCAGUAUUAGUUAGAAGUUGCAUUCAGUCUUUAACUGAUCCAGAGUUAGAACCAUUUCCCUUACCAUUUGCAACAGCUUUAUUUUCAUUUUUAUACCACCUUGCUAGUUAUGAGAGCGGUGGAGAAGCCCUUGUUGCAUGUGGGAUGAUGGAGGCCUUAUUGAAAGUGAUAAACUGGCAUGGAACAGAAUCAGAACAUAUUACGUUUGUAACUAGAGCAGUAAGGGUGAUAGACUUAAUCACUAACCUGGACAUGCAGGCUUUCCACUCGCAUGGAGGAUUGAUAAGCUUCAUAAAUCGGUUGGAGAUGGAAGUAGGUAUAUGUAAAGAAGAACAGCCUUAUAUAAUCAAGCCUCGUCAUAGAGAACCUUCUGUAUCUGCUGUUGACCUCUCGAGUACUCAGCCACCGAGCAGUUCAAGCCAAGUAGAAGGUCAACUUGCAAUGGAAAUUGACAGUACACAUAUGGAAAGUGGCCCAAGAAGUGAGACUACUCAAGCCUCUGACUUAAGUCAUAAUGUAGGAAGUAUGGAAUUCAAUGUUGGUGCAUCAGUGUCUGAUACACCAUCUCUUAUAGAAGAAGAUAAAAUUGAAGAGCUUGAACCAAGAAGGGGUGUGCAGUGUUUUCCUCAAAGGGCAGCACUUUUGAAAUCUAUGUUGAAUUUUCUGAAGAAAGCCAUCCAGGAUCCUUCUUUUUCAGAUAGCAUAAGACAUUUAAUGGAUGGAUCACUACCAAAGUCGUUGAAACACAUCAUUAGUAACGCAGAAUAUUAUGGGCCUUCACUUUUUCUCUUGGCCACAGAUGUUGUUACAGUUUAUGUAUUCCAAGAACCUUCUCUUCUAUCUUCACUUCAAGACAGUGGACUGACAGAUGUGGUGCUUCAUGCACUGUUGGUCAAAGAGGUUCCUGCCACAAGAGAGGUCCUGGCUUCAUUACCUAAUGUUUUCAGUGCCCUGUGUUUGAAUACACGAGGACUUCAAGCCUUUGUUGCUUGUAAGCCAUUUGAAAGACUGUUCAAGGUACUUUUAUCUCCUGACUACCUUCCAGCCAUGAAAAGAAGACGAAGCUCAGAUCCUAUGGGUGAUACUGCUAGCAAUCUUGGAAAUGCUAUGGAUGAGUUGAUGAGACAUCAACCAAGCCUAAGAGCUGAUGCUACAGCUGCAAUUAUUAAGCUACUGGAAGAAUUGUGUGCUAUGGGACGUGAUCCAAGAUAUGUCUGUUCACGGCCAGCUAUAAAGAAUGAAACUGCUACAACGAGUGGAUUCCGAACCAGCACAGUCUCUACUGAAGCAGGCUCAUCAGAUGAAGAAGAAGAUGACGAUGAAGAAACUGGUGGUCAUACUGUAACAGGAACAUUAAAACCAGGGGCUGAAAAGCAGAUUACUCCAGAAAUUUCAACAGGAUCAGAGACUAAGAUUCCAAUCCCAUUAGUUGACUAUAUUCUUAAUGUUAUGAGAUUUGUUGAUGCAAUCUUAAGUAACAACUCUACUGAUGAUCACUGCAGGGAGUUUGUACGACAGAAAGGACUAGUACCAUUAAUGGGCAUUUUGGGGUUGUCAAACCUUCCCGUAGACUUUCCUGUUACUCCAGCAUGUCAAGCUGUAGCUAGUGUUUGUAAAUCCAUUUUGAAUCUAGCCCAUGAACCACAGGUCUUGAAACAAGGUCUGCUUCACCUCAAUGAAGUUUUACAGAGUUUGGAACCAUUACAUCGCCCACUUGAACCACCAGGAGGCAGUGUUUUACUGGAGGAACUAAUCACUGCUCCAAAUUUGAAUGAAGCGACUGCAAGUCAUCAGUCUACACCAUUGCUUCAUGCCAUGGCUGCAGCUCAUGCAUACAUAAUAAUGUUUGUACAUGUUUGUCGGACUGGUCAGAGUGACAUUCGAACCAUAUCAAUAAGCCACUGGGGGUCAGAACUGGGGCUGAGUGUUCUACGAGGUCUUAGUCGUCUUUACACUUCUUUGGUAUGGGAAAGCACUGUUCUCUUGGCCUUGUGUAGUGAAAACACACUGCCUGCUAAUUGCCAGUUUGGUCGACAUCAGCUGGACAGGUUACUUCCUAGGGACUUGACUAAGUUGGACAAGCAGGAAGAAGAAGGAAGGAGUGGCAUGUUGAGUGCAACUGAAGAAUUUGGAUCAAAUGGUGUGACUUCUGCUAUGGAAGCACUCAGUACAAAUGGAGGAACUUCUGCCAUGGAGGUUGAUGAAUCCUCUACAGCUGUUGAUGGUAUGAAUAGCUCUGAGAUUAAACAGAAAGGAAAGAUCUCUCCUCAGCUUCAGGCACAAAUUAAACAAAUUAAACCCUUGCUGUCUGGAGCUUCUCGUUUAGGAAGGGCUCUUGCUGAAUUAUUUGGCCUACUUGUGAAGCUUUGUGUAGGAUCACCAAUGCGACAGCGAAGAGGACAGCAGAUCCCACCUUCGCCAACAGUACCAACACCUGCUGCACGUGCUGUGGCAUCAGCAUUAACUCAUCUGUUAGCCAGUGGAUUGAGUUGGGAACCUCCAGAAACCUCUCCUCUGCCAAAGUUUAGACUGACAUUUUACAUCUGUUCAGUUGGAUUUACAUCACCUAUGUUGUUUGAUGAAAGAAAGUACCCAUAUCAUUUGAUGCUGCAAAAGUUUCUUUCUUCUGGUGGACAAGAUGCAUUUUUUGAAACCUUCAGGUGGGCACUUACCUGUGGUAACAAAGUUCCAAUAGAAGAAGGAUUGGAGCAUCCAGAUCUUCCAGAUGGAACUGGGGAAUUUCUGGAUGCUUGGCUGAUGUUAUUAGAGAAAAUGGUAAAUCCUAAGAUGGUAAUGGAAUCUCCACAUACUCUACCAGUAAAAUCAUCCCAGCCUGGCUUUGUUCCUUUCAAUCCUGUUCUCUAUUUGGUACACACACACAAGUUGGCUUUUCAAGCAAUCAUGCACUUGUGGAAUCGGAAACCUCUGAAACUAUAUGGAGAUAGGAUGGCAGAAUCUAUUCUUGCCAUUCUCUGCCACUUGCUAAGAGGAGAAAGCAUCAUUAAAGAAAAAUUAAGCAAAGAAAAAGAAGGUGAAACAGCAAACAAUAGCAACAACAGUUCUUCCACAAACAUUAGAGCAAGGCGAGGACAAGAACUAGAAGAGCAAGGACAGUUACAACAACUGAUGGAUAUGGGAUUCAGUCGUCAAAUGGCUUUGGAGGCACUGUUAACUACUAACUCUCUUGAACAAGCAACUGAUUACCUUCUAAGUCAUCCAGCUCCUCUUCCAAGAUGGUCUCAAUCUGGAGCUGAAUUUCAAGCAGAAGAGGAAGAUCAAAUGUUACGAGCUAUUGCCAUGUCUCUUGGUGAAAAUGUUCUUGUGUCCACUAAUCAGGUAGAAGAAGAACCAAGGAAAGUGGAUGAUCAACAGGAACUAGAACGAGAAGAGCAGCAGGAUGAAGAACCUCUUUCAUCCAAGAUAAUUGAUGAUUUUACUGACAGGAUGCUACCUGGCUGUCUUAGGUUACUUGAUACAUUACCUGACACUGUUUACAGGGUGUGUGAUUUACUUGUUGCUGUUGUUAACCGCAAUGGAGAAUCCUGGCGAGAUAGGAUGCUCGAACAGCUUAUUCAAGAGAUUGAAGAUAAUGUUUCUAAGCUACUGAAUGCCACUGCACCAAUGACUACAGCUGACACAAAAUCUGUACAAGAGUGGGUUACACAGUUGUCAACUCUGCCAGAAGCUGGAAAAACUGCUGUUAGGAUUCACUUGUUCACUCUUCUCUUUGAGGAAAUGAGGAUUUCGUGUGCAUGUCUUGUAGAAAAACAUCAGCUCAUAGACACACUUGUUACUUUAUUGGAUGCUGCUCAACAGUGUUUUGUUCUUGUAAAAGAUGUUCCUACUCCAAAGUGGCCAGCUUCAGUAUGCCUCCUGAUAGAUUUGUUUGAAAGGGCCUCAAUCUCUUCAAUAAGAAGAGCACCAUUGUUAAAGGUCUCCAAACGACAGUGGAAAUGGUUUGAUGAUCGGACUGGUCGAUGGAACAGUUACACUGGAAGUAACAACAAAACAAUAGAUGAUGCUUACAAAGUGGGAGAACAGAGUGUAAGAUUCACAGCUGGGAGGAGACGCUACACUGUUCAGUUUAGUACAAUGGUCCAGAUUAAUGAAGAAACAGGCAAUUGGAGACCAAUUAUGUUAACAUUAGAAAACAAAGAAGACAAAGAGAAGGAAGAUAAUCGUAUUAAAGAAAAAACAAUGGAUACAGAUGAAAGUGGUACUGGUAGUGAAACUGCCGUUGCAUCUCCAGUUACUGAACCAAUUGCUGAAGUAAAGAUAGUUCAAGGUUUAACACGAGAACAGUCAGCUACAUUAGUCAGGGCCUGUAUUGGGUUGAUUAGUAUUCCUGUUGAGCCAGACAGCCUGCAUGCUGUAAUGAGGUUGUGUCUUCGUUUAACACGUAGUUAUGAAAAUGCUGUAAUAUUUACUGAACUUGGUGGACCAAAACUACUAUUAAAUCUCACUCAAAGCUCAGCAUUUACGGGAUUCACCUCUUUAGCAACCCUCUUAAUCCGCCAUGUGCUGGAAGACCCCCAGUCGUUGCGUUCUGCUAUGGAGAAGGUUGUGCGGCACUCAACUCAAAGUUCCAAUUCACCACUAAGUAACAGAGAAAUGCAUUAUGUUUUAAGGGUUCUUGGUCCUGCUGCAUGUCGAGAUCCAGAGCUUUUUAAAGAUGUUGCUAAGUCAACACUUCGGAUUGCCUUACUACCUCUUACAAAACGUGAAGAAGAUGACAGACGAUACACCAGCAGUAAUGCUGUGCAAAUGCUGAAGGCCUUACCUGCCAAAGGAGUCGGUCAACAAGUCACUGAUGGACCUAUGAAAGAUGUGAUCUGUGAACUUCUUAAUGCUUUAGUUGUAAAACCUGAAGAAGGUGUUGGAAAUCAGACAGAAACAUCUACUGAGCAAACUUCCCAGAGAAGCGAACCACAGGGAUUGGUCCGUGAUAACAGUGCUAAUGAUUUAUUGCAGCAAGAUGAUGAUGAAGCUGGGCUAGCUGCAUUAGAUACCAUUGACACCAGUGAUUCAACUACUGCAGGAAAAGACAGCAAACAAGUAAAGGAUCAGAAAGCAGAGGAGCUUGCUAAGAAAACUAGGCCAUUGUUACCCAAGUCAGCCAUCUGUAGACUUUUAGCUGAACUAAUCAGAUCGUAUGGGGGUUGUGCCAAGUUAGUUGUAGAACACACAUAUUCCGCUGCUCAGACGGAGCUCAUUUCUGAAAGCUGCACAGCCUUAGCUUUUAUCCUAGACAACCUAUUACCCCAGUGUCAGACAGCAGGAGAUAAAGACACUCCAGCAUUAGCCAGAGUUCUUAUUGCAGCUUUAGCUUCUUGUAAUCACACUCCUGAGGCUCAGACUGCAUUGGUUAACGAGGUGAAAGCUGCUCUUCAUCGAUCCUUAGCUUUAACAGAAUCUGCAGAUAAACAUGCUAGGAUUCAAGCUUUAACAGGUCUGAUUGGAACAAUGAUAGAAUCUUGCCCAUCUUCUUCCUCAUCAUCCCAAAGUCAGAUGAACUCUUCUACUUUCAGACAACAACAGAACAGCAUGAACAACAUGGUAAGAAUUCUGCUGAAGCGUGGUUUAGUGACAGAUCUGGCUAGAAUCCCCCACAGUCUUGACUUGUCCAGUCCUCAUAUGGCUACUACAGUAAACUCUGCUCUAAAGCCAUUAGAGACACUCUCCAGAAUUGUGAAUCUUCCAACUAACAGCCAGAGUGGGAAAGGAUCAAACCGAACCAAGACCUCAGCAGCUGUAUCAGGAAUGCAGGAAGAUCUUGCUGGUGAAGCUAUGGAAGAAGAUACUGGCAUUACACAGAAUGGAGAAGGUUCUACAGUAAGAAAUACUGAAACAAGUACCUCUGAAGCAACUAAUGCUUAUGGUGAAGUUACAGUAGAUGACAGUGCAGAUAAUACUGACAGUGAAGCUCCUGAUGUAGGAGCAACAUCAGAAGAAGCCCCUGUCACUGCUAGCUUUAGCCAGGAAAUUAUUAAUGACAAUGAAGCUGAACUGGAAGGGAUCAUGGAUGAACUUUUAGACCGUGACAAUAAUGGGUCAGAAGAUCCAAUACUUGGAGAGGUCAUCUACUGUUCAGCUACUACUGCUCUUCCAGAAAAUGCAGAAACCCAGGAAAAUCAAUCAGAAGACAUAGUAAUCAGCAUGGAAGCUGAAAUUGAAGACCAUCAUGAUUCCCAGAUGAUCAGUCAUCACGAAAGUGAAUUUGAAGAAGAUCACACACAAGAAGAUCGUCAUGAAAGCAGUGACUCUGAUACCAAUUCAGAAUCUGGCCAUAGCCAUAGUGAAGAGGAUGAAGGAGAACAUGAUGAUGAUGAUGAGGUUGAACAUGAAGAUGGGGAUGAAGAAGCUGAAGAUGAUGAUGAAGAAGAAGAUGAUGAGGGGUCUCAUUUCGAUGCAGAAGAAGAUGAUUAUCAAGAUAUUGAAGAAGCUCUUUUUCACAUUGAAGAUCGGGAUGAUAGUUUGUUUUUUCAACUUGAAGAGGUGUUUCCUUCAUCUGGUAAAUAAUUCAAAAUUGAUGGUAUCCGUACUUUCCAGCUCCCAAUGGUGUCUGAUGAUACCACCAGUGGUGCUGAAACAAGUGCACCCUCUAUUCCUCCUGCUCCAGGGAAUGUGUCCACUAGACAUCCUUUGUUAAUAAGACAUGGAGAUCCUCACUCGGCUAUUUCAUCUAGAGUUCACAGAGCUGGUCGUCAGCGAGCAAGUUACAGAGCUGCUCUUGGUAACCAUACCUGGCACAUGUAUGCUGGAGGCAGUCGUCAUCCUAAUCCACCAGCAAUACUUCAAAGGCUAUUGGGGCCCAAUACUGCUCAGGACAUUUUGCAACUGACAUCUUCUUUCAACUCUCAUCCAGCAUCAGGUCAAACACGAGUGAUUUUUGCAAAUAGUGAUCUUCGAAUAUUAGCAACAGAUGAAGAUUUAUUUGAAAUACAGGAACAGAAUUCUCUACUUUCUGGAGGUGGAUCUGGAACCCUUGCUAGUAUUCCUUCAGCACUAGUUAGAUGGACAGAGGAAUCUCGGGUAUUGGAUGGAGACAGUGGGCAUGACUGUGUAACAGGAAUCAAAAGUGAAAUUAUUGAUGUGUUGGAGAAACACAGAGAUGAAGAAUUAGCUCUGCGGAAAGAGAAGAGAAAGAAAAUGCAGGAGGAGGAUGAAGGAAAGGAGAAGGAUGAUAAGGAAAAGAUACAACAAGAAACUAAUGUAUCAAACAACCUUCCCAUUUCAACAGAAGGAGAUGGCAGUACUGAAAGUCAAGUACAGGGAACAUCCACCACUGAGAAUGGGGGUUUAGCUAUGGAGGUUUUACCUUCUGAUAGUACCAGACAGAAUGAAACCAACCUUGGUUUAGCAGAGGCUUCAGGAGUUUCAUCUUUGGAAGCCCCAACAACAGUCGAGUCAGAUUCAACUCGACAGCUGGCAGGAAGAUUAAUUGAUGCUAUAUUGGAACAGUUAGUGACCCCAGUGGGAGAAGUAUCUUCCACAGUAUCGUCUGUUAGCUCUGGUGUAGCUGUUACAGCUGUUAGUAAUACUGACUACAGCACCUCGGGUGAAGGACCUGCCACAUCAGCAAGUGUUUCAAGUACAGAGCAUAGUAUUUUACAGCCUUCUCCUUUCACAUGUUCUUUAUCCUCUCUCAGUGCCUCAAGAGGGUGGAGAGAGAAUGAAGCAAGCCAGCAACUACAAGUUGACACUACUACUACUACUACUACAGUUAGGCAGCCUCAACAGCAAGAACAAAGUACUUUCCUACCUGGACCACUCAUCAGCUUUACUUCUUCUCCAAUGGACACAAGUGAACCUCCAUCCCACAUCCCAUCUGUCGAAAUCCCAGCUGUUUUCUCAGAAAGGCCAGUCUCUAUACCUAACAUACAGAGCAGUCGAACUGAUACUAGUCUAGCAGAUAGUAGUGUGUGGCAAGUAGCUGAAAGCACCGUUGAUUUGGUUAUGCCUACAAGUGAAUCAACUGCAUCUUCAGCAGUGGACAUUAUUGGAAUUUUAUCCACAUCUGAUGAUACCAGUACACCUGAAGAUCUCUCCCACACUCCUGGUGCAAUAAUUUCUUCAGCUGAAACUAUCCAGACUUUAACAACCACUACAACUCAAGUUCCUGGAUCAUCCUAUGAUACCCACCAGCUAAUAACUUCUGAAGCCACAAGUACUACUAUUAGUGCAACUGAGGCAGGGACUUCCUCUUCAACAUCAACAUCAGAUUAUGUUAGCAUAUUAGGAGACACAGAAAUACCAGAAGGUGUUGAUCCAUCAUUUUUGGCUGCAUUGCCUGAGAAUAUUAGGCAAGAAGUUAUUGCAGAGCAGCUUAGGCUUCAGCGACUUCGUCAAAGAGCCCAAGCUGCUGCAACUAGUCAGACAACAACAGAAGGAACAUCCUUUACAGAAGUCAACCCUGAAUUUCUUGCAGCUCUACCUCCAAAUAUUCAAGAAGAGGUAUUAGCUCAGCAGCGAGCUGAACAGCAGAGGUUAGCAGCUCAGAAUUCCAAUCCAGACACUCCAGUUGAUCCUGCUAACUUUAUACAGACCUUACCUCCUGGACUACGUCAACAGGUCCUUGCUGACAUGGAUGAUAGUCUCCUAGCCUUACUUCCUUCUGAUUUAGCAACUGAAGCUCAUACUUUAAGGAGAGAAUGGGAAACGCGACACAGACAAAUGCAAGAACGGUUAUUUUCAUCUCAUGCAGGCACUGCACUCUCUAGAAUUCUUCGAUCUGCAGGACGGAUGGGUACACGCUACACAAUUCAUACCGUUCCUCAUCGUGGACAGUGGGCGUGGAACACCUUAUCUUCACGAGCAGGAGGAGCUUGUAGCAGUGGCACAGCAGGCUUGGCUAGUACAUUACGUUUACGUGGAAAACAGCUAUUAGAUCACGAGGCUUUAUCAUGUUUGUUAGUUUUACUUUUUAUGGAUGAACCAAAACUGAAUACAACUCGUUUACACAGAGUGUUAAGAAACUUGUGUUACCAUCCUCCUACUCGACAAUGGAUGAUCAAGGUAAGCUGUAAUGGUCUAAGUAUUUAUGCAGUAUUUAUUACUUAUUAAUAACUGUGUCCAUAG